UUACCCUUGCCCUCCUUGCAGGACUACAAUGGCGAAUGCCCGUACUCGCUGUCGCCCGUUAGCGCCAAGAGCCAAAAGCUGCUGCGAUCGCCGCGCAAGGCCACGCGCAAGAUAUCCCGCAUACCGUUUAAGGUACUGGAUGCACCGGAACUGCAGGAUGACUUCUAUCUGAACCUGGUCGAUUGGUCGUCGCAAAACGUGCUCGCCGUCGGUCUGGGCAGCUGCGUGUAUCUCUGGAGCGCCUGCACCAGUCAGGUCACCCGCCUGUGCGAUCUCAGUCCCGAUUCCAAUACGGUCACAUCAGUGUCGUGGAACGAGCGCGGCAAUACGGUUGCCGUGGGCACACAUCACGGCUACGUGACCGUUUGGGACGUGGCAGCUAACAAGCAGAUCAAUAAACUGAAUGGACAUUCGGCGCGUGUGGGCGCACUGGCCUGGAAUAGCGACAUUCUCUCUAGCGGUUCGAGAGAUCGCUGGAUCAUACAGCGAGACACACGAACGCCGCAGCUGCAGUCGGAGCGCCGUCUGGCCGGGCAUCGACAGGAGGUGUGCGGACUGAAGUGGUCGCCGGACAAUCAGUAUUUGGCCAGCGGCGGCAACGAUAAUCGGCUGUACGUGUGGAACCAGCACUCCGUGAAUCCGGUGCAGUCGUAUACGGAACAUAUGGCCGCCGUGAAAGCAAUCGCCUGGUCGCCGCAUCAUCAUGGCCUGUUGGCCAGCGGCGGCGGCACUGCGGAUCGUUGCAUACGCUUCUGGAAUACACUGACGGGCCAGCCCAUGCAGUGCGUGGACACCGGCUCGCAGGUGUGCAAUCUGGCCUGGUCGAAGCACUCGUCGGAGCUGGUCUCCACACACGGCUACUCGCAGAACCAAAUACUCGUGUGGAAAUACCCGUCACUGACGCAAGUGGCGAAGCUAACUGGUCACUCGUAUCGUGUGCUAUACCUGGCCCUCAGUCCGGAUGGCGAGGCGAUUGUCACCGGCGCCGGCGAUGAGACGCUGCGCUUCUGGAACGUGUUUAGCAAGGCGCGCAGCCAAAAGGAGAACAAGUCUGUACUGAAUCUGUUUGCCAACAUCAGAUAGAUUCGCUGCUCAGAUGUGGGUGGAGGCGAGGAGCCCUGACUGAGCGAGGCGCCAAAGGCAACCAACUAAUCAACCAACCAAUCAAAAACCAAUCAACCAAUCAAACAACGAAUCAACCAACCAAUCAGGCAAUCAUCAAAAUGGGGACUACAGCCGUAUCCACAAAAGGCGCUAUGUUGAUUUAACAAUGUUUACUAAAUUUAUGUUAAACUUAAUUGUCGAAGUGUUUUAGAUACUUCUCUCUAUGUCUAAGUUUUGGGCCGGGGCAAACUUCUGGUUAGAAUUGUGGAUUAACUUUUGAAAGAAAACCAAAAAUCAACAA